UUGUUGACGAUUUGGGAAAAGCUUUUCGUGUCUUGAUGAAAGAGGAAAGUCAAGUAACAGCUGUUUUGGGAGUUCAGUGGGGAGAUGAAGGAAAGGGAAAGCUUAUUGAUAUCUUAGCUAGCCGAUUCGAUAUCGUUGCACGCUGUCAAGGAGGAGCAAACGCUGGUCACACAAUCGUUGUAGAAGAUAAAAAAUAUUCCUUCCACUUGAUUCCGAGUGGAUUACUGUCUCCUGACGUGACUGCAGUGAUUGGAAACGGAGUGGUCCUUCACCUAGAAAGCUUUUUCAAUGAGAUAGAUGAUUUGAUGGCUAAAGGUAUCGAUGUUGAGGGUCGCAUAAAGAUAUCGGACAAGGCACACGUUCUAUUCGAUUAUCAUCAGUUAGUUGAUGGAUUCAGAGAAGAAGAGAGAGGUGGGAGCAAAAUUGGUACGACAAAGAAAGGAAUCGGGCCUUGUUAUAGUUCCAAGGCCAACCGUACUGGCAUUCGUAUAGCUGACUUAAGGAACUUUCAAACUUUCGCUGAUAAGUUUCGAAAGUCACUUGCUACCAAGUUUAAAAGGUUUCGAGUAUUCGAAUAUGAUCCGAAAAAGGAAAUUGAAAAAUAUUAUUAUUUGACUCGACGAGCGGAACCUUUCAUUAGAGAAACGGUGUCCUGGGUUCAUGAAAGAAUUAGUAAAGGUCGUUCAGUAUUGAUCGAAGGUGCUAAUGCUGCGAUGUUGGACAUUGAUUUUGGAACGUAUCCUUAUGUAACAUCCUCCAAUUGUACCAUUGGAGGAGCACUGACCGGUUUAGGGAUAUCACCUAGAAUGGUCGGAAAUGUUGUUGGUGUCUUCAAAGCAUACACAACUCGAGUAGGAGAGGGUCCAUUUCCUACAGAAUGCUCUGAUAAGAACGGCCACAUCAUGCAGCAAGUUGGAAAAGAGUUCGGCACAACAACUGGUAGACUUCGUCGAUGUGGUUGGUUGGAUGUUAUGGUUUUAAAGUAUUCUAUUCUUUUGAAUGGAUAUUCUAGUCUUUGUCUCACUAAGUUGGAUGUCUUAUCAGAAUUUCAAUCUAUAUUGGUUGGAGUAGGUUAUCGACAUCGAGGAAGACCAUUGCAUGGAUUUCCUUCAUCUUUGGAAGUGUUAUCCGAAGUCGAAGUUGAAUAUGAAACGUUCGUUGGUUGGCAGGGUGUUGAUCUACACCAAGUUACUAGUUUUGAACAAUUACCGGAAGCUGCAAAGACGUAUGUCAAUCGAAUAGAACAACUAGUCGGAGUUCCAAUUCGCUACAUUGGCGUCGGUCCUUCAAGAAAUUGUCUAAUAGAAAAAUAGACAUUGUGUGUAACCGUUCCAAUCCGUUCUUUGAUACUUUUUUGACGUUUUUUGAAUUUGGGUAUUGGCCCUUUCCUUAAAGUGAACUUUGACUCUAAUUCGACAAGACCAUUCGAUUCCUUCUCAUGCAUAAAGAAUUAGAACUCAAA